CCACGUGUAAACAUAAUUCAAAUUCCGAAGAUGCCUCCGAAGAAGGUUAACAAAAAUACGGAUCUGUUCGAGGAUAGCUUGGACGAAAAUUCCGACGAGGAAGAUGUCGAAGGAAGAUCUCUGCGAAAGAGGUUUCGUACACCAGAAGAUAUCUUUGAUUUUCUUGACGAUGAUGAUAAGCCCUUCAUCAAGAGGCUGAAAUUGGCCGAGGUUUUCUAUAAGAAAGAGAACUUUGAUGUUCAGAAUAGGGAAGUGGUGUUGCUGACAUGGAUGUGUGGAAAUGAGCAAACUGAUGCCAGGAAUCUGAAGACAUGUUUAUCUUGGGUGCAGUCUGAGAGAUUCAAGAAUCUGGACAUUCCACCACAGCAGAGCAAAGCUUUGUUACUGGCAAUUUUGAAGAGAGUAAAGGAGUGUGAAGAUUAUGAAAGUGAGCAACUGACUGUGAGCAUAAUUUUGCAUCUAAUGAACACACCAUUGCUGAACAAGCAAUCUUCCUUGACAUAUUGCGCUUUUGUUGGGGAACUUAUCAAUAAUAUAGAGCAUGAUGAUUUGCUAUUAAAUUUACUGCAAUCACCACAAUUGAGAGGAAAUUUUAUGCGGCCGAAAUUUCUUCAGAAUUUCAUUGAAUGCAUCGUGAUACCUCUUAGUAAAAAUGGCUCAAGAUACGAGAAAAAUCAGAGCGUUUAUAAAGAAAUAUCUUCAUUCGUCACGUGGGGAUUAUUUGGCUUUAAAUUUCAGUAUUUCAACGAAUAUAUCAAAUCGAUGUUUGAAGAAACCAGCAUUAGGAAUGACUAUAGUUGUGCUACCAUUUUAUUUGCACAUCUCACUAAUAUGUAUAGUACAAAGAAUGCAGAAAUAGCAUACAAAUUAAUUUUCGAUACGUUCUGUGAAUCAUCUCACGCCGAUUCUCUAAGUAAAUUCAGGUUUUUCAUUUUGUUGCUGAAACAUUUAGGAUUUAAACUGAAAAAGCAUUUUAAGAUGGUCGAUGGAGUGGAUGGUAUUACAAUUGCGAAAAGUGUUUGUGAUGUUCAUAGCUCUAUGAGAAUUGCUUCUAGUCUUUUCGCGAGUUUUGCGAAACAUGAAAUUUCCGGUUACUCCUCCAUAAAUGGUAUUAAUUUGAACGUGUUUUGUACUGAGUACUUGAAAUUUAUUGUCGGGAGCUUUGGGGAGGCGGAUGUAACGUUGCUUGUACAGAUUCGGAGCGUGAUUAAAUUAAGUCCAACUUCUAUAGAGUUGGUCGCGGGGAAAUUACUGCAGUUUAUCAUGAGAGCGGACGUCGUGUCUUGCGGAGAUGUAUACAGGGAGGUACUCAAAGAUAUUAUGAUCGUGUAUAGUAAAAUGCACAGGAUCAGGCAGUUGAUAGACACCAUCAUCACGUGCUUGAAGUUCGAUGGAAGCGAGAGUAUCGCAUCAAAAUAUUCUUUCUGCAAGAAGUUGGAGGUGACGAGUCCAAGGAAUGAAGUCAACAGGAUUGAAAAUGUUCUCACGGAGGAUAUUUCCGAGUGCUUCAAGGAAGGAGUGACCAAGUUAAGUUACUCUUUGGCAGUUGAAGUCUACAGCAUUUUCAGGAAAGGCAUCAAAGAGAUAUUGGAAAAUUUCAACGAUUUGGCUACAGAUAUAAACAGAGUGACUUAUGUGGAAGUUCUUUGCACUUUGAUGAGUGAUUUCUUCAAAGCUGUGAGCAUUUCUGAUCGUAAAGUACCGAAAGCUACGCAAAUGGAGUUUUACAAUUACAUGAAUGAUGAUAAAUCUGAAAUAUUAGGAAAAUUCGGUGAAGCGCUUUUGCAAUUAAAACAUUAUCAAAACUUGAUUUCGGUUUACUUGAAUUUGUGCUACAGCUGGGGCGAGUUGUACAUCCUUUUGAAUCAUUACUCGAUGCUGGAAGAUAUAAAGUUCGUGCCGAUGCAGAGCAACGAUAAUUCCGUUUUCAAUAUAGUCUACUUGCACUCGUAUCUGUCGACGGCGAAAUGGAACUUGAUUUACGAGAGGAUCGAGAAUUUUGGAUCGUUGCCUUGCCAAUUAAUUAUGUUUAAAUUGUGCAUUCAAAAGUUGCGCGCUAUGAUGAUAUUUGAGGCGGACGGUGUCAACGAAGAAGUCGAGACCAAUUUGAUGAACUAUUUAGUGCACAUGCUCGAGUCGAAUGGAAAUUUUACGAACAUUUUGCGGAAUUUCGUGAUCGGAGAUAGUCUCUGCAUGCUGUAUUUGCUGCCGAAGAUGAAGGGGAAAAUAUUGCGUAGGAUGGCCGGAAUAUUGUUGUGGGAACCGUGCGAAGCUCUGAAGAGCUGCGAGAGUUUAAUCGAAGCUAUAUAUUUCGUUUGUCUGGAGGAGAUCCAUAAGGUUUAUGGCGACUUCAGCAAAUCGGCGGUCGUUCAGUAUUUCGGUAGAUUCAAGCGAGCGGAUUUCAUGCACAACUCUGAUAAAUCAGAGGUCAUCGCAGAAGCCUUGAACUCGAUCAAAGUUAGCAAGAAGGGCUGCUCCAUAGAUGUGGCUGUUCUUAGGCGUGUGAUCGACGUAUUUAAAUUUUACGAUGUUUACGGCUUGCCGGAGAACGCGCUGAAAAUCACCGUUUGGUUCAUGUAUUAUUUGAUGAUGGAUCUGAAGAUUGCGGAGGUGGAGGCAGAGAAAUUACCAGCUCUGCAAAGUCUACGAAGCGAUGUGGAGGGUAUUUUUGCGGGGUUGUACUCAUCGCAUCGGAUUCCCGGAAACGUGCGCAACAAGAAGUUAUUGAUGAACCUGAUGUCUUUGAACAUCAAAAGCACAUUCAAGUACGUGCGUCAAAACCAGGAUGCGUUGAGAGAUAUCGCCGAGGUUCCGCUCGACGGCAACGUCAGGGUCUGCACGAGUUUGCUAAGCAGUCAUUUGGUUUCUGAUGUAAGCGAAAAUGAUGAGAUCUUUAAUGAAAUCGGAGAGAAAUUCAUCAAUGGUAUCGAUGAGUUUUGCAGCGAGGAUUAUAUCGAAAUGUACUGCAUAUUCUAUAAAUACUACUUGAAGGAUAAGAAGAAAAUGAAGAUUAUUAGGAGGAAGGUGGAUGUGUUCAGAGAUUUAGUGGUGGCGAAUAAAAUAACUAAUAUGAAAGCAGUUGUCGAUAUCCUCAAGCUAUUUAUGAACCAUCACGUAGAGAAACUGGACGACGCUUUUAUUCACGAAUUGUGGAAGAAGGUUUGGAAUAAUGCGGAGCUGGAAGAGAACGUGCAAGGUUACGGGGAAUUGCUGGGAUAUCUUUUAAUUUGCGUUAAGAGCGACGAAAAGUUCGAGGAGUUGCUCAACGAUGUUAAGACCGUGAUGAACAAAUCGGUGGCCAGUGUGAAUGGAAAACGAUUCAACAAGUUGGUUGCAAUUUUGGAUGCUACGAUGAAACAGAACUUAUCCAAUUACAAGCUGAAAUCGUUGUACGCUUUAAUUGUGAACUUGGCGCUGCAUUUGAUCGUAGAGGAUAAAAGCGAUAUGUUGGACGGUAUGUUCAUUCCGAUGAGGCGUUUAAUAGCGAUGGACGAGAAAAGGCAUAUGCCCACUGCGCGUACAAUGGAAGCCAUCUGCAUGCUGGUGUCAAGAAAGCUGGAGUCGACUUCUCCUCAUACAUUUAAUGCUUGCGCUGAUCUCUUGAGGACACUUUUGUUGAAUCACAAGCUUCUGUGUCACGAUCGAAUGCCUUCAAUUCUGAACCAAUGCAGGGCUUUAUUCGAGGAACUCUGCACCAUGAACAAUCAGCUGGAGAAGGCGGAUAAGCAGCAGGUGGAGGCGGUGCUCGGUUGCGCUUACGCCUUCGAGAAGCUAAUCGCUUCCAUCAAGAUGUCCAAAGAGACGGUGGACAACAACAUCGCCGUCUUCAUCAUAGUAGACAUCCUCAAGCGCUACGAGGAAGUUACGUUUAAUCCGAUCGUUAAAAUUUCUGUAGACAAUUGCGUUUUCCAUCUGCUCACAAGGUGCGAUGCCAGAUCCAAAUUAUACCUGGAAAGCGUUCUAUCGCCUGCAUCCACGGAGAUCUUCAACGACUUGAACACCACCUUCAGGAAGCACUACCUCUACAUGGGCGCUUCAUAAACAUUUUACAAAUCAUUUAUUGACUUGAUCUAUGUGUA